GUGAUACCCCGAUUCAUUAUAUUUGGCGCGAAUAAUUUGAAAAAAAUAAUCUGGUCCACAAGGGUCUAAAACACUGUAUAUAGUACUAUAGACUAAAUGCAGGGACUACAUACUUUUAUACUACUGUAUUUGAUAGAAAUACACUGAAAGACAAAGAUGGUGAAGGCACGAUCAAAACGCAGGACAGCUUCAUCAGAUACAGUUGGAGGUUCCCCGAGAAAAAAGGCUGCAUCGGGAGAUGACCAACAUGACAGAAGUGUGUUUGGCCAACUUAUCUCUGAAGCAGGAUACUGCCUUAAGAAGGGAAACAGACAAAAUGAAAUCAAAGUGGAUCAGGUGAUGUUCCAGAGGAAUUUAACUGCUGCAAUAAAAGAUCAUGGGAAUUACCCUUCUGUAGUGGAGGAGUUUGCAGAGGCAUUCAGAACACAUAUUGAAGAUCAAAAUAGAUUGAAAUGGUGUUUGAUGCCUACGCUUACAGCAAGCAAUUGUGAAGAAAGCGCCAGGGGAGGGAACCAAGACAGCCUUGUUAGAAUGAUCUUCCACAUAGAUUCCCUUCAGACUUCGAUGAUGCACGUUCUUCUUGAGAAGCUGGCAGAGUUCAGCGCAGAUGAUUCUAAUGUGUUGGAGGGUACAGAAACAUUUAAUCUACCACGUCUUAUCCUCAACCAGUUCAGGUGGCUUGAUAGAAUUGUCAACUGCCAGGAACUGACUGAAAAGCUGAUAGAAAUGAUCGGGUUAACAAAUAUUGACAUUCAGCGGGACAUCAUUGCUUGCAUACCAGAGGUGCUGGAUGAUAGUGAACACAGUAAUGUCGCCCGUCAGCUCAGGGACUUGCUUCUGGAGAGCAAUGAGUUGACUGUUCCCAUAUUAGAUGCUCUUACAAACCUUAACAUACCAGCUGAUCUUUUAUCAGAGAUGCAGGGCACUGUGUUACGAACUCUCAAAUCUGUAGCUCUAGACGACCUGCCAGUUGUUGUGAAAUUCUUACUUCAGACAGCAACAAGCAAGGAUGUGGCGCAGGUAGUCUCUGAGCUACGUCAGAAUUUAGAUUUUGAGUCCAGUUUUCCUCCAGUCUCUUCCUCAACUCCACAUACUAACAGAAGGUCGAAGAUUGUUAAAGAAAAUAGCAAGCAGGGUGUAGAGGCUUUGAUCCUUGAUGCUAUGCGCUCUGCAGUGCGGUUCCAGAAGAGUUUGGCAGAUACAUGGAUCAAGGUGAUAGAGACAGUGAAGACACCAUCAGACCAUAAAGUGAUCGACAUCUUCCUAUUGAUCAUAAUCCAUAGCUCCACAUCACGCAAGAAACCUGUGGAGAGUCUUCUCCGUAAUAAAGUCAGGAAAGGUGCCAUCACAGAGAUGCUCCUUCAGGUCACAUUUGGGGGACAUGCUGAGGUAUUACGUGACUACUUUCCAUCCAUUUUACACCUGGCUGAGGUGCUACUGAGGUCCCCUGAACCACAAGUCAGCAGUUUUGCAGGUUCCAUGUAUAAACACGCAUUCUCAUCAUUCGACUCAUAUUGUCAACAGGAAAUAGUUGGCCAGCUGGUAACUCACAUUGGGAGUGGUAUGACAGCUGAAGUAGAUGCCUCUUUAGCCAUCCUAGCAGACCUUGUUAAUACAAACUUACAGCGGAUGGCACCAUUUGCCAUAUUUGUUAAGGGUGUGCUGGACUACCUAGACAACCUAUCUAUGAGUCAGAUCAGAAAGCUCUACUCCAUGCUCAGUAUGCUAGCCUUCCAACCUGGUGAGGAAGGGGGCCUCAUACAAGAUGACCUACACAUUGUCAUUAGAAAACAACUCUCCAAUAACAACACAAGAUACAAGAGGAUGGGUAUUAUAGGUGCUCUUAUGGUGGUUAAGUGUAUGGCCAGUACAAAGCCUGAUUCAAGUCUUGACAACUCCUCAACUUUAGACACGGGGGUAUCAGAAGACAUCUAUAAUCAAGUAGUUAACCUGCUGCAACUGGUACGUGCCAGUAGUGACUCAGUACCAGAGACUUCUGCUCUCUUCAUGGAUGAACUUGCCUGUAUUGUGGAACAAGGGAACUUGGACACUAAGGUUGAGACAUGGAUCAGUGAGAAUGUAAUUAGUGAUUUCCAGGACGAUUAUGUGGUUGAUAUAGACAAAUCACCCAAUACAAGAAACAGUCUUCUAGAAUGGGAGUCUCUACUUGGCUUAGAUGAUGAAGAGGAGGGAGGUAUAGCAAUCAACCUGCUCCCACUUCUCAUGCAGAAUAUGAAACAAAAACAAACACUUACUAAUCACAGUAAAUCGAAACAAAGGUUAGUCUCUCCAGCUGGUCUAGCCCCACACUUUAGACUGUUACGUGUGUGUGAGCAGAAACAACGCAAUGGCAAUCUGGAAGAGAUAGAUGCACUGCUAGGGUGUCCUGUGAAUAUGUUCAAGAUGGAAAUAUUAAGCAAGGUUGAAUCUCUGUCAUCCACAGAGAAAGAACUCAUCUGUUCAUCUAUGUUCUAUCUGGUCAACUGGUUUAGAGAGGUUGUAAAUGCCUUUGCCAGUCAGGAUGACCCAGAAAUGAAGGGCAAAGUUAUCUCUCGACUCCAGGCCAUCACAACUAUUCACAAACAACUCGAGAAAUGUCUUUCAGUUGUCGGGAAAUAUGUUCCCCCUGUGUGUCACUUUGCUGCCGAAGAUUCACUUCUACCCACAGUUAGUAAACCUCCUCAAGCUGCACGAAAUCCAAAGAAAGCUUUGAAUAAAAGGAAGCGGGAUAGCCCUGACACCACCAUUGACAGCCAAACUAGUCAAACAACCCAGUUAAACAAGUCAACAGAAGAUGAUAAAGUUCCUUCAAAUGGACCUUCCAUCAGUAUAGCCAACUAUAAAUAUUAUUUUAGAGAGUUGGACAUGAGUGUGUUCAGUAUACUGUCUACUACUUUCAUUACAAAGGCUGCACUGGACACCAAUAUGAACACUGAAGAGAGUACAACAUUGAGGCUCCAACCAGAACAACUAGAGUUUCUAUUAGAAGACCUCUCUAGUAAACUAGACCACUCCCUGAUUGCAUCUGCUAACAAACGCAGGACAUUCCUUAAAACAAAGAAUGAUAAAUCUGUUGGUCACUUCCACCUUGACCAGUUCACUCCAACAGAUGUCUGUCAAAAACUUACAGAACUCUUGCCCUCACUGUGUGCUCACCUAGAGGGCGCCAGUGCAUUCUUUCAAACGAUGAUAGCUGAGAAUGAUGGUGUAUUAGAUGGUCCCGGUUGUCAUAGUGAUGAAGCAAACACAAUGGCCCGUUGCUAUCAUCAUAUUCUACAAAUAAUGCUUUCUCUUCUUUCAUGGUGUGGUCAUCAGUUGCCUGAGAAUAGAGUCAGGUUGAAGGAACUAUUGGGUGUCCUUGCAUCAAGAACCAAAACAUUUAGUCAGUCGCAACUUCCUAUAUUAGACCUGUACAGAGAUACAUUCAAGUACUUUGAAAACUUUGUUAGUGAUGUGCCAAAUAUCUCUACUGCUGUUCUCCUGACUCGGCUCCUUGUUACCAUAGCAACCAAAACAGAGAAGGAGGAAUUCAAUAAACGAAUAGAAACUGUGACAGGUGCAAUUUUGAAGAGGGAAUGGUUCAAUGAAGAUGGGGAGCGGGAAAAAGGUGCAAAGUUUAAUGAAAACUUGCAAAUUUUACUCAAGUACCAUGUGGAAUACAGUGAAGACAAACUAAGCCAGUUAGAGGCAAUAUCAUCUGUCGGAAUACCAGAGCUAGUCGAAACACACAAGAAAGGAUGUUCAGAGACAUAUCCAACUUUGACCAGGUGCUCCUAUCCUGUGUACUACAAGGUGCUACUGUCAGAACUGGUAGAUCAUGUCAAAAACUUUUCGAUAUCAAAACAAACAGAAACUGCAGAGAGUCGUCUGGAGAAGUUAAUAAAGUGGAACUUGGCUGUAAGAAUCUUCCACAUACUUGUCAACCUUAUUAAGGCAUUUGAUGCAAGAACCAAUCUAGGUGCUGUACUGAAAUAUGGGCGUCAGUUUGUUGAUCACUUCCUGCGCAGUGGCAUGCCACUCAUGGAUGGGAUGUUUAGGGCACACAAAGAGGAUGUACAGGGUUUACUUAAGAACCUUCAGCUUAGCACCAGGUCAUUACAUCACAUGUGUGGACAUUCCAAGAUCCUCAAAGAUGUGUCCAUUACAAAGCAAGUGCCACUGUUGAAGAAGACUCUAGAGGCAUUUGUGUAUAGAGUGAAAGCCAUGCUGACAUUGAACAAGUGCCUGGAAGCAUUCUGGAUGGGCAAUCUCAAAAACAGAGACUUAAAGGGGGAAGAGAUACUGUCCCAGGUGUCUCACAAUGCAGAUGGUUCAGACACAGAUAAUGAUGCAGAAAGUUUACCAGAGGACUCCAGUUCAGACAGUGAACAGGAGGGGAGUGAGCACAGUAACAGCGACACCAGGUCAGAGGUCACGGCCAUUGAGGAGGAAUCUUACAGCGAAAGUUAUUAACAUUGACUUGUAUGAUUGAACUGGAAUGAGAGGAAUAUUACAACAUUUAAACCCAUAGUCCAAAGAACAUAUAUCAUUUCUUAUAUUUUCAAAUAUUCAAAGUGGCGACUUGGCCCACAAAUAUUAAUAGUUUUUGUACAAGUCAGUUCCAAUAUUACAUUUGCAAUUAAUUGUAUUGAAAGAACAAUGUUAAAUAAUCAAAAUAUUGAUACGUAUGCUUAGUACUACAUGUACUGUAUAUUGAAUUAAAUAAGUGGCAAAUAAAUACAUGAACAUACCUUA